GAUAAUGAUACUGCACUUGAGAGUGAUGCUAGUAAAUGGGGUAGAUUUUAUUGUGAUGAUCUCAAUGAUAUAUGUGGCUAUGGUAUCUCUAUGAACAUAUCACAAGGAACUCAUCUCCUAAGACAUGCUGAUCCAAACUGUUCAUUCAGUGCUGUAUUGUUUGGUUGGGGAGAGCAGAAAGGAUAUGCCUAUCCUGCUGGCUUUGGAAUGAGACCUAUUGCAGAAACUUUUUACACUAUUGAGCCCCUCAUACCAUCAGCCAGGGAGGGUACUAUGGGUCCAGUGUCUGUUACUGUGUAUAAAUCUGGUAAUGUUUCUGCUGCUAGUUCAGUUGAAAUCACAACUGUUAUGUCUUCUAAAAUCAAUGCAGCAACAAUUGGUACUGACUUGCAGGCACAGACUUCAAAUGUUAGCUUUGCUGCUGGUCAAGCCUCAGCUGUUGUGAAUUUUCAUUUCUUUAAUGACGAUGAACCAGAACAAUUUGAAAUGUUUUUGGUUGGUUUUGUUGAAGGUCAAAACAUUAAUAUUGGAAUGCCAUCACAAGCUGAGCUGGGAAUAAUUGAUGAUGACUCAUUAUCAAGUAUUGAAUUCCCUAUUUCAAUAAGUGUAAUACCAUCAACCAGUAAUGCCAAGAGUAUAUCUACUAUUAUACCUACAACAUCAACUGGACAUAGUUCAUCAAGAAUAAUACCAUCAUACAGUAUUACAACAUCUUUGAUAACAGUGACUAGUUCAAUGCCAGUUGAUGAUGACACUGACAGCAUAGGGUCAAUGGGCCACUAA